GGGAGGGGGGAGUCUGUAGAGGUGGCUCUCGCGUGACGUAGUGAUUCGUGUUCGCUCUUUUGCGUGUUCUACGUGCCCGGAAGCAGCCGCGCAUGCUGGCAUGCGAAGGGGGAGUCUAGGAGAAAGUCGCCGUUCCGUUGGGGUGGCCAGCGAGACGGGUUGAAUUGCAGAGGGAGAGGGGAGAGGUUAAGAAAGGCUUUGCCAGGCGGUACGGGAGCCUAAAAGGGACAAACAAAAAACAACAAGGCUCUGGCUAACUUUGUUGCUGGAGGUGGCAAAAUGCCCGGUGUUGCUGCCCGUAAGAACCAGGAGCGGAACCGAGACCACGCUAUGGAGCCGCCUGCAGCUGAUGACUAUGCAAAAGAAAGAUAUGGAGUAUUGCCGAUGAUACAGUCGCAGGAGAAACCAGAUCGUGUUUUGAUUCGAAUAAAGGACUUGACAGGAGAAAAAGCUGAUGAAGUUGUCUGGGUUCGUGGCAGGAUUCAUACUAGCAGAGCAAAAGGGAAGCAGUGUUUCUUAGUCCUACGUCAGCAGCAGUUUAAUGUCCAGGCUCUGGUGGCUGUGGGAGACCAUGCAAGUAAGCAGAUGGUAAAGUUUGCUGCCAAUAUCAACAAAGAGAGCAUUGUUGACAUCGAAGGUGUUGUGAGGAAAGUGCCAAAUAAAAUUGGAAGCUGCACUCAGCAAGAUGUUGAGCUGCAUGUUCAAAGGAUCUAUGUGAUUAGUUUGGCUGAACCCCGACUGCCCUUGCAGCUGGAUGAUGCUGUUCGUCCAGAGGUGGAAGGAGAAGAGGAAGGAAGAGCUACCGUAAAUCAGGAUACAAGAUUGGACAACAGAGUGAUUGAUCUGAGGACCUCAACUAGCCAAGCUGUCUUUCGCCUCCAAUCUGGUAUUUGCCAGCUUUUUCGAGAAACUCUCAUCCACAAGGGGUUUGUGGAAAUUCAGACUCCAAAGAUCAUUUCUGCUGCGAGUGAAGGUGGUGCCAAUGUGUUUACUGUUUCCUACUUCAAAAGCAGUGCCUAUCUUGCACAGUCCCCACAGCUUUACAAGCAGAUGUGUAUUUGUGCUGACUUUGACAAGGUUUUCUGUAUUGGGCCAGUAUUUAGAGCAGAAGACUCAAAUACUCACAGACAUUUGACAGAGUUUGUUGGACUGGAUAUUGAAAUGGCCUUUAACUACCAUUAUCAUGAAGUGGCGGAUGAGAUCGCUGACACCAUGGUGCAGAUAUUCAAAGGACUCCAAGAAAGAUUUCAGACGGAAAUUCAGGCUGUGAGCAAACAGUUUCCAUGUGAACCAUUCAAAUUCUUGGAGCCAACUCUGAGGCUGGAGUAUCGGGAGGCUCUCGCUAUGCUUCGUGAAGCUGGAGUAGAGAUGGGGGAUGAGGAUGAUCUCAGUACACCAAGUGAAAAGCUCUUGGGCCGUCUGGUAAAGGAAAAGUAUGACACAGACUUCUAUAUUCUUGAUAAAUAUCCCCUGGCUGUAAGACCAUUCUAUACGAUGCCAGACCCAGCAAACCCUAAAACCUCCAAUUCCUAUGAUAUGUUCAUGAGAGGAGAAGAGAUCCUGUCUGGGGCUCAACGAAUUCACGAUCCACAGCUGUUGACUGAGAGGGCCCUCCAUCAUGGCAUUGAUUUAGAGAAAAUUAAGGCUUACAUCGAUUCAUUUCGUUUUGGUGCACCUCCCCAUGCUGGCGGUGGCAUAGGAUUGGAAAGAGUUACCAUGCUGUUUCUUGGAUUGAGCAAUGUUCGGCAGACAUCUAUGUUCCCUCGUGAUCCCAAACGUCUAACGCCUUAAGAAAACUUAGGUUUGCUCCCUGCUCUCAGUGACCCAGCAUAACUGCAGUGUGCAGCAGAAGGACAUCUCCUCUACUGAAGUGCCACAAUAACAGAAGUUUGACUUGUUUAAUACUAAUAAUUUAAAGUCAGCUAUUUUAACAGAUCUGGAUUCUAGAGUAGAAAAGAUCACUUUUUACGAACCUGUAUUAAGCUGAGAGUAUUAUUAUCAUGUACUUUAGCAAAUUUCUAAACAACUUGAACUUUCAUAAUAGUUGUGUAAUAAAAAUUCAUUUUUUAACACAUGGUAACAAUUAUAGAUCUCAAACUAUAACAAUUGAUCAACAAUAAAAGAAUUAGAAAGUAGUGGCAAGGAUUAUCUUGAGAAGCAGCUGGGAAGUAGUGGAAUAAGUUUGGUUCUACUAAAUUGUACAUUCAGGUUACAAUAAAACUCCGAAGUAUA